AGUGAGUUUCAUGAGAAAGACGUUGAUUGGUUUAAAAAAAUCGUAAAACAACAACCUAACCUACAACUUGAUUGUGUUUUUUUAUUUUUAUUUUGUUUGUUUUGCUCUCUUUUUUUUUUUUUGUUUUUCAAUUGCCUGGUUGUGAUUGUGUUUGACAGUUGUUUAUAAAAUAACAAUAAAUAAUAUUAAUUGUUAUUAAUUGUUGUUAAAUAAUUUAAUAAUGGCAUCAAUGGACACUUGGAUUGUAGAUAUUCCAGAAACAAAUAAUAGAAAAUCUAUAAAUUACAGUCCAAAAAUUGUUAACAAAAGUUUAACAUCAAAAUACUUAAAAGUUGAUGUUAAAUUUGAACAUUUUGUACAAAAAGUCAUUGAAAAUAAAUACUAUGGAAUAAUAAAAGAACCAAUUGAACUUGUUGAAGUAUCAUCAAGCUGUGGUAAAUUACGUGGUGAUAGAUUAAAAUUUGCAAUACCAUACGCUGGAAAAGUAUUUACUUGCACAGCAUUAUUUAAUUCUCUGUGUCCAGAAAUUGGUCCUGACUUUGAAUUUUCAGAUAAAACAUUUUUACAAGAUCCAGAAAUUCAAGUACUUGAAAAAUAUGUACCAGGUUUUAUUAAUUGGGAUAAUACUGAUUCAGAAUCACUGAUAAAAGUACUUGGACAAUUUAUAACUUACUACAAACAACAUCAAAUUGAUAAACUUGGAUUAAUAAAUGAACGUCUUGAAGCAUCUUUCACAAAUCUACGUGAAAAAAUUGACACAUCAGAUAUUGAACUGAUUCUUUUGCCUGAUGUCAAUAAUCCAAUUGAAGCUCACAUUAUAAUUCGUAUAAAUUUAAACUUUACAAAAUUUAUUGACAAGUUUACGUCAUUUAAUAAUGAAGUUGCAAUGCUUCAUGUUGUAUUUCAUGGUCCAUCAUGGAUAAAAGGUGUACCACAAUUACUUUUAUCAUCAAAAUUACUUGAUUUAUUUAAUGGUACAUAUCGUAUACAACCGCUAACAUCAAUAAAAGUACUUGGUACUUAUAUUCUUGACUUGAAGAGACGUUUGAAUGAUAAAAUGUUGUCAAUUGUUAAAAAUUACAUGGAAAAAAAAGAAUUUGUAACUGGACUAUUAUUGGUACAAGGAAAAAGUCUUAUUGAAUAUGAUUCUGAAGAUUUUUCAUUCAUAACAAUAAUGCUUGAUCAUGAAGGUUUUCAUUAUCUUGUUUAUUUUAAGUUGACUGAUAAUUAUCCAGAUGAAGCACCAAUUAUAAAGUUACAAUCAAUUUAUCACCUGUAUAAAAAUGAACCAAUUGUUUAUCCUGUUGAAGGUUUAACUUAUAGUAAAAAAUGUGAUUCAUUUGAAUGUGUUACUAAGACACUUGCACAUAUUGAUGUUAGAGUUGCUGAAGGAUUCAAACAACUUUGUAUACGUCUUGCUCGUUCUCAAUGAAUUAUAUUUAAUCACUCAUUUAUCAUUUAAAAAAAAGAAAUAAUUAAUAUGUAUCAUUAUUCUAUAUAAUAAAAAACAAAAUAAUAAUAU